ACGAAAUCUAGAAACAAGAUAUACAGGCCAUUGUAUUUUAAUCUUGUUCAAUUUGGUCUAGACAAUAGAGUUUUAAUAGUACAUUCGUAUUAUUUUCUAAACUAAAUUAAUCCCAGUGAUAAAUAAUGUUAUAAAAUGGUAGAACCAAUAUUCGAUUACCAAUUUCGCCUAAUACUAAUAGGUGACAGUACAGUAGGAAAAAGUUCUUUACUCAAAUAUUUCACUGAUGGCAAAUUCGCUGAGGUGUCUGACCCAACUGUGGGGGUUGAUUUCUUCGCUAGGCUCAUCGAAGUGAAAGAUGGCACUAGGAUAAAGCUUCAACUUUGGGAUACUGCUGGGCAGGAAAGAUUUAGGUCCAUAACGAAGUCAUAUUAUCGAAACUCGGUGGGUGCUCUUUUAGUAUACGACAUAUGCAACCGAAACAGCUUCGACAACAUCCCCGCAUGGAUGUCAGAAGCGAGAAGACACAUUGAACCACACAGACCUGUAUUUGCUCUAGUAGGAUGUAAGUUAGAUCUUGUCAAUAACGGAGAACAACGACAAGUGUCCAAAGAAGAAGCCAAAACUUUUGCCGAUCAACACGGUCUCUUCCAAGUGGAAACAUCUGCCAAAAACGGCCACAACGUGGAGGAGGCUUUCAGAUGCGUAACUCAAGAGGUUUUUAAUAGAAUACAAAGCGGGGAGUAUAAGGUAGAGGAUGGUUGGGAUGGUAUAAAGACAGGGUUCUCUAGACCUACUGGUUUGAACUUCAACUUAGUUGAAGCCGAACCGGCCAAAUUUUCGUGUUGUUAGUUUUUUAUUUAGAUGUACCUGAUUUUACCAACUGAUGCUUUUUCUUUUAUGGUACUACCAAAUUACUAAAUCUGUGAUUUUAACCCAUUAAAACUGGAAGCUUUAUGUUUCUAAAAUUUGACUAAAAAUAGUCAAAAAUUCCUUUCAAUUUCAAUAAAAACAAAAAUAAUAUGGUAAAAAUAUGAUGGGUCUAAAAAUUCAUACGAUAGGUCUUUAUGAAUAUCCACAACAAAAAUUUAAUUUCCUGCAGUCGGCUGUAGACCAUAUAUCACAAAAAAAUGUGUGUACUCAUGUACGCACGUAAGAAGUUAUACUUCUUUGGAUUUAAAUUUGAAAAAUUAAAUGCUUAAAGUUUUCCUGGAAUUGUAUUGAUAGUGAAUUAACAUUAGUUGUUAAUAAAUUAAUAUAACAUGAUACUCAAAUUUUAUUUUGAAUCAUGUUAUUUACUUUAUGUAAUCACUUUACUAUCAAAUGAUAUUUAUUUUAUAAUAAGUUAAUUUUAUUAUUAAUUUAACAUUUAGUCCGAUCUUGCGCCAUCUAUGCGAAAGCUUAGAAACUGCAAAGAAGGACAAAACUAACUAAACAAAGAAGGAAACAACGUAUGCUUGACAACAAUGUCGAAUAAAACAAUUUAUACCGAAUUCACUUAGACCAGAUACAUUUUGACACAUUCGGAAUAGGAAACAUACAACACACUAUUAACUGCUCAAAUCAACUUAAUCUUUUAUUAAAAAAAGAAGAAUUAUUGGAAAUAGUGAGAGUAGGUAAGUAUAUACUAAACUCAUAAAAUUUUGCGGAAUUUAUUUCUACAAAAUAUUUUUAUUUUGUACAAUAAAUAAUUUUCUCAUUUGAAUACAUAAGUGGAUAAAGGUCAUAUGUCACAAAAUGAUGUUUUUGAGUAAUGAGCAUUUUAGUGUCUUUUGUUCCAAGUUAAUUAUUUGUUUUAUAAAUUUGCAUUGCUAUACUUUUUUAAACAGGUAUCUGAAGGUACUUUUUUCACUUUAAAUUUAAUUUAAAAAAAGUUACAUUAAGCCAAAUUUAAAUUUUGUGGACAUAUUACCUUCAUCCAAAUAGUAAAUAGUAGAAAAUUUUUCAAAUUUACAAAUUUUACGUGGAUUAACCCUUAAACGCCCAACCUUUUUUAGGUUCCAUGUACGCCCAAGGGUGGGUAAAAAAUGUCCACCUCGAAAAUAGCUAAUAUAUUUAUUGAGAGUUGUUGGAAAUAUAUUAAACUUAGGAAUCUUAUGCUUAAUGAUCACAGCAUCUUCUAAAAUAUUAAUAUAAACAAUUUACAAACCUUACAACAAAAUUACAAUGUACAUCAAAAUUAAAAUACCAGUAAAAGCCAGUAAUUUAGAUUUGUCGAUUUUCUCCACAUUCUUCCUUUCAGCCUCCUCAUUGGCGGAUAAUUAUGUCCAUUAUGUAAUUAUACGACGAUAAUUAUAUGGAUUAUGUUCCUACCAACGAGAAAUUAUGUAGAAACCUUUAGUAACAAGUUUUACUAAGGGUGUACUUUUUAUUCCCACCCAUAUUUAACUCAAGAUUUUACUUUUAUUUUCAAAAAUAUCGGCAGAACCAAGUUAACAUUCCAUAAAGGGCUAUAUUUUUAACAAUAAAUAAUUUUUUAAAAAUUUUUGAACACGUAAUAUUAAUGUUACAAGGGAAUAUGCAUUAGGUGGACAUUUUUUACCCACCCUUGGGCGUUUAAGGGUUAAGGUAUUAUGUCCAAACGCAAUUUUGGACAUAAUACCUGUAUCCACUACAAUUCGAAAAUCAUAGUGUGACAUAUUGCUUUAAUACCUUCCUGUUAUUUUUAUUUUGCUAAAAAUAGGUAAUUUUAAAAAGUUAAACAGUACAUUAGAAGAACAAAACCUAAUAAAACAAUUUUCUCAAAAAAUGUGACAUAUGACCUUUAUCCACUUAUGUCUUCAUUUGUUAUCAAUCCAUUAUCUUCUUCUUCGUGAGACUAGGAUUACUCCUGUUUGUCUGCCUCUUAUUCUCUUUCAGUUGUUGUUGAUUGUACAUUGUCUUUCCACCUUUUCGGCGGCCUUCCAAACGGGUCUUCUGUUAUACGGCUUGUUGUUUUUACAUAUGUUCGCUAAUCUAUCUGGUUCCAUUCGGUUUACAUGUUCGUUCCAGUUUUUCUUUCUUGUUUUUAUCCACCUGUUAAUAUUUUGAAUUUUGCAUCGUUCUCGUAUACUUUUGUUACUUUGUCUGUCUCUUAAUGAUAUGCCCGCUAUUGAUCUUAAUACUUUCAUUUCAAUAUUGUUGAUCAUUCCAUUGUAAUGGUGUAAAUAAAUAAUUAUUAUUGAUUGCCGUAAGGUUUAUCUUAUUUAUGUCUGUUUACUAUUAAUAAUAUUGGCUAUGAGCAGGUAUGUUUGGUUGUGUAGUAAUUUCCAGUCACAUCUAGCAACCUAACUUCCCAAAAAAUAAAUUACCAACGUCACUAGACAGUUGUGUCUCAGAUUAGCGAAUCAACUUUACUAAAUUAUUUUAAUAUACUUUUUUAACUUAAAAUAACGUAACGUAAAGUAAAAAUAUAUACGUAGAUGAUAAUGUAAUGAUUUAUAAUUUAUAAUGUAAACAAUGUAAAUAAAUAUAUAUUGGCAGAUA